AUGGCGAAGGCCCAAAAAAACUCCUCCUCCCGAAGCCGACUGACGGAGAAUCCAGUGUUCUCGGACCUCCUUGGCAGUGAGAUACGCAUGUCGAAGGCGAGGGCUUGGUGCGAGCCAAUAGAAUCAAAGACGCUCUAUCUUUCGGGAGACGAGCGUUACGAGGUGUGGACCAUCAAGGCAGCGGAACGACCGCAUCUUCUGGAUGUCUGCUCCACAGAUUCCAAUCAUCAGCAAGAGAACACGAACGAGGAUGCUGCCGACAUGAACGAGAUUCUGGCUCUGACAGACGGCUGCGAUGUUUCGGGUUGGCGAAAGGAAAAGUUUGUCCGGACAAACGCAGAGGUGUUGUCGGCUUUCAACGUGGGUUCCGGGUGUGUUUUGCUCAGACGUGAAACUCAGUUGCCGAUUGUCCUAUCGUCCAUCGCCUCCUCGGCUUGGGACUCGCUUCGCGACCGUCUUUUUCAGGAACCUUGCACGACAGCAUCCCGUCAAUUGUACUCCUCUAAUAGAGCGCUCCAUCCUUGGUUUGAACGAGAGAACGUCCCAGUAAUUCUCGAUGGCUGUCCCGCUAUCGAUAAAUGGGCCGCCAUGAAAUCGUGUCGCUUCGACAACCUUGUGCAGCGAUACGGAGAUCUGGAAUGGCGAUUUUCCGACACGCAUGGGGAGACCAUAACUCUGAAGACCUAUCAAAAGUACCUGCGCUCAAUAGAAGGUUCCACAGACGAUGCACCGCUGGCCGUAUACGACUCGCAAUUCGGUGGCGAUGACCGGUCGUCGCUGCUGGACGAUUAUACCGUCCCUUCCUGUUUUGACUCAGAUUUGUUUGCCUCCGCCAUCCCGAACGAGGACGAUCGACCACCAUUCCGAUGGUUGUUGAUUGGACCUGCGAGAUCGGGAACGGGACUACAUAUUGAUCCAGUAGGAACUCAUGCUUGGGUAACACUGAUCGAGGGGUGCAAACGGUGGAUCCUCUUUCCGGCUGGGACCGAUCCAGAAGCGAUACACAUGAGGGACCCCCAAAUUCCUUCGGCUAUUUGGUUUCGCGAUUUCUAUGAUCAAGCUAUGCGGGAUCAUGCCGAUGCGGUUGAAGUCUUGCAACGACCGGGGGAAACUGUUUUCGUUCCAGCGGGUUGGCCGCAUCUUGUCUUGAACCUGGAACUAUCUGUGGCAAUUACACACAACUUUGCCACGGAAUAUCCGUCGCUUUUCCUACUAAACAAAGCAAUUGCGCAAGCAGAGCCAGAGUUGGCCGGGCGUUUUGAGAUCGCACUGAAGAGUUCGAGACCGGAUUUGUUUUCCAUU